AUGGCAAGCUCUUGUUGUAAUUGGAAAAAAGAUCCCGGGCCACUAUUCAGCAGAGAUGCGGCCUCGGUAACGAGAGAGUCUUGCUGUUGGAGAUACACAAUCGGGGCUGAGACACGUGUGUGGAGCUUAUGUGGUCUCUCAUCCGCGAAUGAUACCAUGGCCGUUGGUAACAAAACAGGAUUCAACAGAACGGUGCUUACGUUUCCAAUGACAAACGUCUUUUUUAUAUAAUAACUUCUUGUGUUGUUUCUAGACGCUUUGUUAACACAACACACGUGAUUCACACGAAACGUGAGAAUAACAAAAGUUGUAGUAGAAAUACUAUUAGAAAUCAA